AUGCUCAGGAGAUUAUUGCAGGUGAUGGUGCUGCUGAUAGACCGGUGUUAUAUUACAAUACAAAUCAUAAUUCCUGUUUCACAACUCCUGUUGCGGGUUUUAAGGAGUGCUUGGGCGGUCCUGCCCCAGUGCAGAAGACCACGUCAGAGCUGGAUGAGCAUGGAUUUAGCCUCCGAGCGGCUGAAUGGCAGAGGUCCCAGCACAAGACGCAAAGCCUCCACGGCGCUGGAGUCCUUCAAGCGGAUUGGCAUCCCCAUCCUGGCAGCGGUGCUCAGCCUUGCCUGCCUGGUUACGGUCGGGUUCCUGGUCAAGGUUUAUCUGGACUACCACUACUUCUUCUGCAAACAGUCCCUGAAGCUGGUGCCGCUGCAGCAGGUGUGUGACAGGCAGGUGGAUUGUCUGCAGGGCGAGGAUGAGGCCAGCUGUCCCCAGUGGGUCCCUGAGGGGCCACCAGCUGGUGCCCGUGUUUCCAAAGACAGAUCCAUCCUGCAGGUGCUUAACAGAAACACCGGAGCCUGGUCCUGCAUCUGCCACGACCACUUCAACCUGGUGCUGGCAAAAGCAGCCUGCGAGCAAAUGGGCUACAGGAG